UGUAGGCUCACUUUUUUGACUUAACUCCUUUUUCUACUGUGUUUCUAUCUACAUUGACAUAGGCAUGAAAUGAAUUGAGUCAAGUUUUAGGCAUAAAUUAGUGGUUAUUAGGUGCAUGUGAUAGCGCUAAUAAUGCUUGUAUGUGUAAUUAGCUAAGUAUGUGCCCACCUAUCAAGUAGGUAUUGAAGUGAGCAUUAAUAUUGAAAUCUAAGAAGUCAGCAUUGUCAUUUGCAUUGAUAGGCCUUUAUUCACUGCAGCAGUGCCCCUUGACACAAAUUGAAAAAUUAAAUUGUUGACCUUUGUAUGGUGGUCUAGUUAAUAAGGUCUCUUCCUGUCUUAUGCUUAGGUGGGAUUGCGCUUGCUAUCAAAAUUCAUAGGCUCCGCAAGGUUGUUAAGAUUGGGGUCCGAGCCAAAACAUUGAUCCCCUAAUCCCUAUGUACAGAUGUACAAAAGAAUCAGCACUGUUGGUGUGCCCAGACCCAUGUGACCCAUGGUAGCAGCACCUCUGCACCUACCCCUCUUGUAGAGAGCUAGCUUGAGACACAGGAUGUCUUUGUCACCAUCUACCUGUAACCUGUGAUACAUAAAGCUUUCAAUUAAAAUUAUGACCAUUGACCUGGACACAGCUAACUCUGCUUCUGUGCUCUCACUUCAUCAGGAAGCAAUGGAGGGCGAACUGAGGUUCGACGGACAGGUGGCCGUUAUAACGGGCGCUGGCGGCGGUCUGGGCCGCGAGUACGCCCUGCUGCUGGCGGCCCGUGGCGCCGCAGUGGUCGUCAAUGACCUCGGCUCGUCAGCGGACGGGCAGGGACGCAGCAAAACCGCCGACAGGGUCGUGCAGGAGAUCAAGGACAAAGGCGGACGGGCCGUGGCCAACUAUGACUCGGUGGAGGAGGGACACAAGAUCGUCCAGACGGCCAUCGACGAGUUCGGGCGCAUCGACAUUCUGAUCAACAACGCCGGGUUCUUGCGCGAUCGCAGCUUCGCCAAAAUGGAGGAGAACGACUGGGACAUGAUUCACCGCGUACACCUGCGCGGCGCGUUCGUCACCACGCGCGCCGCCUGGCCCCACUUCCGGCGCCAGGAGUAUGGCCGGAUCGUACUGACAUCCUCGGCGGCCGGGCUGUUUGGCAACUUUGGACAGACCAACUACAGCGCGGCCAAGAUGGGUCUGAUUGGCCUGGGCAAGACGCUGGCGCUGGAGGGCGAGCGGCACAACAUCAUCACCAACGUGCUGGUGCCGGCGGCGCUGUCCCGGCUGACCGAGUCUCUCCUCCCGCCCGAGCUGCAGCGCCAGAUGGCGCCCGUACACGUGGCGCCGGUGGUGGCUGUGCUGUGCCACCGGCGCUGCCCGGCCGCCGGCGCCGUGGUCGAGGCGGCCGGCGGAGCGGCAGCCACCUACCGCUGGCAGCGCAGCGCCGGCAUCGCCGACCUGGAGCUCACUCCGGAGAAGGUGCUCGACCAGUGGGAGGUGCUCGACGCCGCCGACCCGGCCGCAGAGAGCCCAGACACGCCGGCGGCCCAGAUGGCGCUGCUCUCGCGUCAGCUGACGGACGCCGCAGAGCGCGAGGCAGAGCGCCGGGAGGUGGAGUCGGCGCCGGCCGGGACUGUGGACGUGUCUCGCGCGCUGCGGACCCGUCUGCCGCCGGCGCGCUUCACCUACGGGCCGCGCGACGCGGCGCUGUACGCGCUCAGCAUCGGUGUGUCGCUGGAGCAGCGGCACGGCCUGCGCUACCUGUACGAGGCAGCCGACGGGUUCGAGCCGCACCCCAUGUUCGCGUCCGUGGUGUUCAGUGCUCUGGAUAUGACGCGAAUGGCCAGCCUGCCCGGAUUCCCCAUCGACCUGACUCAGCUGCUGCAUGGUGAGCAGUACAUGGAGCUGAAGAAGCAGCUGCCGCCGUCUGCCACACUGGAGAUCACGGCUAACCUCGCUGACAUCAUCGACAAGGGCGACAAGGGAGCCAUCGUCCUUCUGGACGUGCACGCGGCGGACAGCUCUGGCGACGAGGUGGCCUUCAUCCAGCAGAGUCUGUUUGUGCGUGGCGCCGGCGGGUUCGGCGGCCACGCCCGCUCACAGGUGGCCCGGCCCUGCGCCGAGGUGCCGCCCCGCGCGCCGGACGCCACGCUCUCAGUGAGCACGAACCGCGACCAGGCGGCGCUGUACAGGCUGAACGGCGACCUGAACCCGCUGCACAUCGACCCCGAGUUCGCGGCGCUGGGCGGUCAGAGCCGGCCCAUCCUGCACGGUCUGUGCGGCCUGGGUGCCUCCGUGCACGCUGUGCUCGAGCACUACUCGACCGACCGCGAGGAGCCAGCCCAGCUCAACAAGGUCAAGGUGCGGUUCUCGCGGCCCGUGCUGCCCGGCCAGACGCUCCUUGUCGAUACCUGGCGGGAGCCCGGCUCGGCGCGGGUCGUGUUCCAGAGUCGGGUCAAGGAGACGGGACAACUGGCGCUCGCAGGAGGAUACCUGGAGCUGCGGGAUCUGGAUGUUGGGGCCCGUGCCAAGCUGUAGCUGCGUCAGCCGAUCGGCCCAGGAUGGAUUCAGGUCCAGUACGGGGGUGACAGCCGCUCUGGUCAAACCAGCCGCUCCCCGCACAUACAUGUACUCUCGACCUGCUGGGGGGAGGGGUGGCACCCAAAGUCCACAGCAUUUUAGCUUGGAAGCUCAACUCGGUCGUGAAUCGUGGACACGGCCAGGGGGUGGAAGACCCAAAUGGUAGCGUCGCAGUCACUGAAGAUGGUAGACUUUGGUCGGUGUAGAUUACUGUGACACCGACAAUAAUGUCACGUUAAUGACAGCGGGAGGAUGCGUACAACAGCUUAAGAUAGACUUGUGAGAUUUGCAUCCCCCGGAAUGUAGAAAUAUGGCGGUCCAAUAGAUCCACAGGGGCUGGCAAUGCUUAUGUGGGUAAUGUUUAUAAUUGAUGGUGAUGAUAUAAGGCCUUGGGGCUGGUUUCGUGAUAAUUAGCCAAUCUGUCGACUACGAAAUGGCGCCUGACAAAGGAGCUUUGGCGAUAGGGGCAAUAUGUACCUUUUUAUCAACACAGUGGUUCACCGCGCGUUGAAUUGAAUAUAUAUCGGCAAACACG